AUGGCUUCUCUCCCCUAUCCCUUCGACCCUCUCUCCCCCGAAGAGAUUAAGGUCGCUGUUACCAUCGUGAAGAAGGCUCAUGGAGACGUCAAGUUCAAUGUCGUCUCCUUGGAAGAGCCUCGCAAGGCCGAGAUGACGGCAUGGCUCGCGAAUCCCGAUGGUGCUCACCGACCCAGGCGAGUUGCUGAUGUGGUUGUCAUUGGACCUACUGGAAAGAUUUUCCAAGGCUCCGUUGACCUCGAGACACCGAGAAUCAGCAAGUGGAAGCAGGUUGAUGGAGCACAGCCUAUCAUUACCCCAGAGGAGCUGGCCGCCGUCGAACAUGGCUGUCGCAAAGACGCCAAAGUGAUUGAACAAUGUCUCCUCAGCGGCGUCGCUAAGGGAGACAUGCACAAAGUGUAUUGUGACCCGUGGACGAUUGGUUACGACGAGCGCUUCGGCAGUGGCAAACGCCUGCAACAGGCCCUGAUGUACUAUCGGCCAGACAUCGACAACUGCCAGUAUCAUUACCCUCUGGACUUUUGCCCUAUUUGGGAUCCGAUUAAACAGGAAGUCAUCGCCAUCGACAUUCCCAAGAUCCGUCGCCCCUUGGUUAAAUCCCCACCCCUCGACUAUCACCAUCUGGCCAUCGAGCGUCAGGGAGGCCACAGGAAGGACCUGAAGCCAAUCAACAUCACCCAGCCCCAAGGCGUAUCCUUCAACAUGACUGGAACAGGCCGCGAGCUGGAGUGGCAGAAUUGGAAGUUCCACAUCGGCUUCAACUACAGGGAGGGCAUUGUGUUCAACAACAUCACCUUCAACGACAAGGGAACCAUCCGCCCAAUCUUCUACAGGAUGUCAAUCGCGGAAAUGGUGGUGCCUUACGGCAACCCAGAGCAUCCUCACCAGCGCAAGCACGCUUUUGACCUUGGGGAAUACGGCGCCGGGUAUCUGACCAACAGCCUCGCUCUGGGCUGUGAUUGCAAGGGCUCUAUCUACUACCUGGAUGCUUACUUCUCUACCCAAUCUGGUAGCGUGCGUAAGGUCAAGAAUGCUAUCUGUAUUCAUGAAGAAGAUGAUGGUAUCCUCUUCAAGCAUACUGACUUCCGAGAUGACUCCACGAUUAUCACACGCGGGAGGAAGCUUGUAGUCCAGCAAGUUUUCACGGCAGCCAACUACGAAUAUGCUAUCGCGUGGACUUUUCAUCAAGAUGGAACGAUCCAGCCUGACAUCAGGUUGACCGGCAUUCUCAACACAUACGUCAUGUAUCCUGGGGAAGACACAAAUGGAUGGGGAACGGAAGUUGCCAAGGGGGUCAAUGCCCACAACCACCAGCAUCUCUUCUGCUUACGUAUCAACCCUAACCUGGAUGGAACCAAGAACUCCGUCCAUAUGGUUGACGCCGUGCCAUCCAGCGCUCCUGUCGGGAGUCCUGAGAAUUUCUAUGGUAAUGCUUUCUAUGCUAAGCGCACGCGGCUUGAAACUACCUCUCAGGCGAUGACGGAUUACGAUGGCUCGACGUCGAGAACGUGGGACAUCGUCAAUGAGAAUAAGCUAAACCCAAGCAGUGGAAAGCCAGUAUCUUAUAAGCUGGUAAGCCGAGAGGUGCCUGGGUUGCUGCCAAAGGAGGGCUCCCUUGUGUGGAAUCGUGCCGCGUUUGCCAGACAUGCCGUUCAUGUGACUAAAUACAACGAUGACCAGCUAUGGGUUGCUGGCGACCACGUACCCCAGACCUCAGGCGAGCCGUCGCGUGGAAUCACCGAGUGGAUUGGCGAUGGUACCGAAUCCAUCGUCGAUACUGACAUUGUGCUUUGGCACACGUUCGGUAUCACCCACUUCCCUUCGCCUGAGGAUUACCCUAUCAUGCCUAGGGAGCCUAUCACCCUGCUAUUGCGCCCUCGCCACUUCUUCUCUUGCAAUCCUGUCCUGGAUGUUCCGCCGUCGUACUCGGUCACACCGAGUCAGGUUGCAGCCAAAGGGGAGGGGGCUCUGGAUGCCACGGAUCGGAUCAGUCGGUUGGCACUGGGCGUAUCGAGGCUUUAA